CAAAUUUCUGUCAAAGUGUUUCUAUUGUAAGGUUCGGUUCUGAAAAUUCACAGUUUUUCAUCACCAUUUAAAAUGCAUGGAGUAGUGGAAUACGACAUAUCGCCUAUUAGAGGUCCCCUUGCGAAUGCAUUCGUCAUUUUGAUCAAUGCGUUAUUUUUCAACAUCAGACUCAUUGGUCUGAAUGAUAUGUAUCCGAUGGAUUGCAGCAGAAAAUUAUUGAAUGAAGAAGAGAGUAUUUUCGACUUUAUAGUAGUUGGCGCUGGAGCAGCAGGUUGUGCUGUCGCUAACAGAAUUUCGGAAAAGGAAACAUGGACGGUCCUUCUCAUCGAAGCAGGAGACUAUCCUUCUCCAACUUCAAAUGUUCCAGCACUAUACACGACCCUGAUCGGUUCGAAAGAAGACUGGAAAUUCAUCAUGGAGAAAGAACCCAAGGCAUGCAAAGGCUUUGCAAACGAAAGAUGCACCAUAAGCAGAGGCAGAGUGCUGGGUGGCACAAGCACCAUCAAUAAUUUAUUGUACAGUCGAGGUCAACCAGAAGAUUUCGAUCAGACCGAGUUCCUAUCUUGGGAUUCCGAGACAACUACGAAAAUAUUCCAUACCAUGGAGGGUCAUUCUCCAAACAGCACUACUUUCAUCCACUUGGAUUUCACAAACUAUACUGAGACUCCGAAACAGUUGCUAGAAGAAGCCUACCUCGCUGCGGGAUACAGAAGAAUGCCGAAACGCCACGCUAUCGGAUUUAUGGAUCACCUGACGUUGAAGAAAAGUGGAGAAAGGAUUAACAUGGCCAAAAUAUUCCUCACACCAGUAAAGAAUCGCCCGAACUUAUUCUUCUCUAGAAACACUGAAGUAGAAGCGAUCGGAGUAACAGAACCAGUCGACAAGCGUGCUAACGGAGUCAACGUAACUAUCGAUGGAAUAAGAUUUUUCCUUAGAGCCAGAAAGGAAGUUAUUCUCACCGCUGGGGCCAUAAACAAUGCUAAGCUCCUUCUGCUUAGUGGUAUCGGCCCAAAGGAUUACUUGACAGCGAAAAAUCUGCCUUUCUAUGCUGACGUUCCAGCUGUCGGUCAGAACCUCCAGAUGCAUCUCACCGUACCAAUAUACGUGGCUUCCGAACCUUCCAAUGCAAACCAGAAGGAAUACUACUUCGAUGAGGAGCUCAUAAGAGAUACAUUCGAUUAUGUCAUGUACAGAUCGGGAAAUUUCAGCAACACCAAUAUAAACGAGCUAGUAGCUUACAUUUUGACGAAGAAAAUAGGAACGACGUUUCCCAACCUGGCAGUGCAUCACAUGUAUUUCCGAAUCGGCGAUAGAAAUCUACUGAGUUGGAUAGACGCCAUGAACUACCACCCAAAAAUCAUAAAUGCUUUGAUAAAUUCCAACAGAGGAAAAGCUCUGAUAUUAUUUAUGGUAACGCUGCUCAAACCUGUAUCGAGAGGGGAGGUUCUCCUGAACGAGACUCACUUCACCAGCAACCCAUCUAUAAAAGGAAAUUUCUUCGCUGAUGUCGAGGACUGGGACUAUCAGACGAUGCUCAGCGGAUUCAGCUUCAUCGCUAAUCUGACCGAGAAGCUGAAGCUGAAGACGCACCAUUCUGAGCUAGUUGACUUGGAUAUUCCCAACUGCAGAAACUUCAAGUUUUGCACGCCUGCGUACGUGAAAUGUUACAUUCAUAAUAUGGCUUUUCCGGACAGCGAGGCUACUGGUACCGCUAAAAUGGGCGCGGACUGUGAUGAAACGGCAGUUGUGAAAGAAGAUUUGGAGGUUAGGAAAGUGAGGUGUCUGAGGGUGGCCGAUUCCAGCGUUCUGAAUUUCUUGCCCACUGGAAAUACCGUCGCUACUGAUGCUAUGAUUGGUUAUAAUCUAGGAGAGAUCCUUCGGGAGAAAUGGGUCAAAGAUUACGUGUCUGUCUUCCGUGGAGUCAAGCAAGAAGAUGGUGUGCAUUAGUUUUUUGCUUUUUGAAAGCUUCAUUGGAUUUAUAAAACUCAUGCUUCAAUAAUAUAUUGUGUUUAAUGAAAUAUUUCUCAUUCAGAAGU